AUGUCUGCACAAGAAGUAUCAGAGACUGCACCUAAUUCAUCUGAGCCUAACCCUGAAGAACCCCAGAUCAUUAUGAAAGAAACGAUCGAAGAGAUAUCCGAAAUAACUGAAGAUGAUAGAAAAAAAUUUUGUGAGAUGAUUUUGAAUGGUCGAACUGAUGAAGUAACGGCCAAAAAGUUUCAUGAAUUCAUUAAAUAUGUACCAUCAUGGUCACAGGAAAAAAAUUACGAACAGGAAUUUGACCCUAAAGUUAUUAUAUCUUAUAUUGCUGCACAAAGUUCUGAUAAAACAGUUAUGGAUAUAGAUAUAAGUAUGUUGAUUAAAUUAGGUAUUGAGAGAGGAAACGAUUUGGAAAAAAUCUCUAUAUCAUCACCAGAAUUUAAACUCGAACUCAAAAGACUUCGAUUGAAAUAUGAAUUGGUUUCAAAAGCUAAAAGUUCAAAGACUGCGGUGACAUUGUCCAGAGUUUGUGAGAGCGUCCCAAUAUUAACAUGCUUGUACCUUAAAAAUGAAGCUGAAAAUCCUAUAGUGUCUUUUGAACUGAUGGAGACUAUUUGUAAGAACUAUCCUAGAGUAAUGAUGACGUCUGCUUUUGCUUAUCUUAUACCGAAUAAAGAAGACGAGUUUUGUCUAUUUUUAAAAAAAGCCCACUUGCUUCAUCAAUACCAGUUUUUUGCUAAAAUGUCGCAAGAGAGUCAUCCGAGUUCCUCAGUUGAUGAUGAAAAUGAAUUCAUUUCUAAAGUGUAUGUGAAUACUCAAGCAGCUAUUAAUGGAUCACAUAUGGAGUACGAUGUUCAAAUAAAGUUUUUAAAAGAACAUGAACUAAUCGUGGAAGGGGAAAAUGAAAUAACUGUCACAGAAGAAGUUCUAGAAGCUGUCAAAUUGUGGGACGAAAAAGAAAGACAACACGAAAUAGAUCAAAGGUAUAGUGAUUAUGAAGACGAUUAUUGUUACUGUUGA